CGUGCGGGCGGUCGACACUCUUGCUCGUGAAUAACUCCGUAAUCGGGACGAUAUCAAAUCGUGAAAUCAGGAAUAAAUUAAAGCAUUGCAUAAAUCGUGAACUAAAUGACACGUUUCACUAAAAAACUUUGAAAAUAUAAGUCAAUGAACUAGGGUGUGCGUACUUGACAGUGAUUCGAAAAAAACAUCGCAGUUUUUCGCAACUUCGUCUGUGUCUUACCAUGCAACUUUGACAACCUCUGCGGAGAAAAAUGUCUUCCACUCUCAUCUCCAUAGUUCUGUUUUUCUUCUUCACCUCAUCACGUGGAGUCGAUUAUUUACCGACAGACACUUCAUCUCAACCUCUUCGAUACGAAGCUCCUGAUGACUGUCAGUGGUGGAUCAGAGAACCAGCAGCAGCAGGAGGCCAGGACGAAGUAGCUCUGACCUGUAACUUACGGACUAUCAACAGCGAAUUCGACACGACAAACUUCAGCGUAAUCCCAUCGGAGCAUACAACUUCCUUGAGGAUAGAGUGUAAUCCCGAAAUAAUGUCGCGAAGCAGCUUAGACGAUAAGAGUUUUGUUCACCUCACGAAACUGAGAGCUUUGGAGUUGGAGCAUUGCAAGCUGGGACGGUGGCCCUCGGGGACACUUCUGGGUCUACGUGACUUACGGAAUCUCACAGUGAGAACGCACAACACCGUCUGGCCUGCGAUGAAUCUCGAUUUUGCCAAAGACUGCUUUUUGCCAGUGCGACAGCUAGAAAGGCUGGAUUUGAGCUGUAACAAUAUAUGGUCCUUUCCCGAGAAUGUUUUUUGUCCCCUGUUGAAUUUGGUGUCGUUGAAUGUGAGUGAAAAUCGCCUGCAAGACGUGAGUGAUUUGGGUUUUCGGGAAAAAGCCCCUGGUCUCCCGCAACCUUUGAUUAGUGUAGCUGAAGAUGAUCAUUCGCAACAAAAGAAGGAAACAGCGAAGACCUUGACGCAUCCUUGCAGUUUGGACAUCCAGGUACUUGACACAUCCUUCAACCAUUUUGUUUUGAUACCUUCAAAAGGUUUCAGUGUACUUCGAAGGCUUCGCGAAUUAUACAUUCACAAUAAUGAGAUAUCGAUGGUAGCAGACAAAGCACUUGCCGGACUGAAAUCUCUUCAGAUAUUCGAUAUGUCUAAUAACAAAGUGGUGGCUCUUCCUUCUGAACUGUUCAAAGAUACUGUGAGUACCAUUCGAGAAAUUUAUCUGCAGAACAAUUCGAUUAGCGUUCUAGCGCCUGGUUUGUUCGCAAACUUGGAACAGUUAUUAGCAUUAGACUUAUCCAAAAAUCUCCUGAACAGUGCCUGGAUAAACGCAGACACUUUUUCUGGCCUCAUUCGUCUAGUUUCAUUAAAUUUGUCCUACAAUCGGAUCACCAAGUUGGAUCCGUCCUUCUUCAGAGACUUAUAUACUCUACAAAUUUUAAAUCUAGAACACAAUUCCCUGGAAACAAUUCCAGCAGACACAUUUGCUCCAAUGAAUAAUUUGCAUACGCUCAUUAUCUCCUUUAAUAAAAUCACGUAUCUCGACGCGUAUUCCCUGAACGGUCUUUAUGUUCUGUCGUUAUUGGCACUGGAUAAUAAUUUACUCGAAGGAAUUCACCCCGAGGCUUUCAGAAAUUGUUCCAGCUUACAGGAUUUGAAUGUAAACGGGAAUUUACUGAAAUCCGUGCCACUAGCACUGAAAGAUAUGAGACUGAUGAGAACUGUGGAUUUGGGAGAGAACCUGAUCGCUUCCAUAGACGAUCCUGGAUUCAGGGGAAUGAGUAAUCUUUACGGUUUGAGGCUCAUCGGGAACAAGAUUCAAAACAUCAGUAAGCGGGUGUUCGCAGACUUACCAGCGUUGCAGAUUUUAAACCUUGCUAGGAAUAGAAUAAGUAAGGUGGAACAAGGAGCUUUCCUGCAUAGCAAAAAUCUCCAAGCUAUCAGACUUGACGCAAAUAAUCUGACGGAUAUAAACGGCCUCUUUCCUCAGAUCCAGAGUCUAUUGUGGCUGAAUGUGUCUGACAACCAAAUCGAAUGGUUCGAUUAUGCUCUGAUUCCGCACGGCCUGCAGUGGCUGGACAUGCAUAAAAACAAUGUAGCGGAACUUGGAAAUCACUACAACUUAGACUACGAAAUUCUCUUACAAACUUUAGAUGCCAGCUUCAACAAACUCACCUCCAUCAACUCUGCAGCCAUUCCAAGUGGAAUCGAGUUACUAUUCGUGAACGAUAAUGCCAUUACCAAAGUUGAGCCGCAUACUUUCAUGAAAAAAACUAAUCUGACCAGGGUGGAUCUGUAUGCUAAUCAAAUCACGAGUAUGGAUCUUAACGCACUCAGAUUAACCCCUGUGGAUCCAGAGAAACCACUGCCAGAGUUCUACAUCGGUGGAAAUCCGUUUCAGUGUGACUGCACCAUGGAGUGGCUUCAACGAAUAAAUACACUGGACCAUCUGAGACAGCAUCCUCGAGUCAUGGAUUUGGACAGCAUAUACUGCAAACUUUUAUACAAUCGAGAAAUUACUUAUCUGCCUUUAAUAGAAGCUGACUCCUCCCAGUUUCUCUGUACUUACAAAACGCACUGUUUCGCUCUAUGUCAUUGUUGUGAUUUCGACGCAUGUGACUGUGAAAUGACCUGCCCCACUAAUUGCACUUGCUAUCACGAUCAAUCCUGGUCGGCCAACGUGGUAGAAUGCUCAGGAGUGGAUUACACGGAAAUGCCCAGUGGGAUUCCCAUGGACGCCACUGAGGUUUAUCUGGACGGGAACAACUUUGGGGAAUUAUCCAGUCACGCAUUCAUCGGUCGGAAAAAUCUGAGAGUACUCUUCGCUAAUAACUCCAAUAUAGCAGCGAUCCAUAAUAAUACCUUCAGUGGACUGAAACGGUUAGCAAUCUUACAUUUGGAGAAUAAUCGCAUCAAAGAGCUGUUGGGGUUUGAACUCACAAAUCUGGAAAAUUUGAAGGAGCUGUAUUUACAAAGCAAUUUGUUACAGUCCAUUGAUAACAGAACAUUUCUGGAACUGAAGCAGCUGGAAGUUUUGCGCUUGGACGACAAUCGAUUGUAUUCUUUUGAAGUCUGGCAGUUCGCUAAGAAUCCGUAUCUCGUCGAAAUCGGACUGGCACAAAACCAAUGGUCGUGCGAUUGUCAAUAUGUUGCGAAGUUCAAAUCGUGGCUGCAUGUCAACCACGGAAAAGUAGUUGAUGGAAGAAAGAUAUCGUGCAUGUACAACAAUGUAACCAAAGCUCUAGGACCGCACAUUACAGAAGUCAAUGGCACUUCCUGCGUAGAAAUAUUUCCUGGAAGCAAUCGAGCCGUAAUGGAAACCCAAGUUAUGAAUGAUUACCUUCCCUUACUCAUGGUAACGAUGUGCGUUUUCAUUGCCAGUGUUGUGAUUGUCUGCGGGGUUUUUUAUUACCGCAGGGAACUCCGGGUGUGGAUUUAUUCAAGAUGUGGACUGAGGAUGUGUUACAAAACCACAGCUUUCGAAGAGCAACAAGACAAAGACAGACUUUUCGACGCGUACGUUAGUUACAGUGUGAAGGACGAGGCUUUCGUCAGUCAAAUUCUAGCACCUGGACUCGAAUCCAGUGAUUCAGGAUACCGGCUCUGUUUACAUUACAGGGACUUCAACGUAUCAGCGUACGUAGCUGAUACGAUAAUAGAAGCCGUUGAAUCAUCCCGUCGUACCAUAAUAAUACUCUCCAAAAACUUUUUACAAAACGAAUGGUGUAGGUUCGAAUUCAAAAGCGCUUUACACGAGGUGCUCAAAGACAGGAGGCGUAGACUUAUUUUUGUAGUGACCGGGGACCUGCCUCACAGAGACUUGGAUCCUGACUUGCGAUUAUAUCUGAAGACAAAUAUAGUGAUAGAAUGGGGUGACAGACAGUUCUGGCAAAAGCUUCAGUUUUCGAUGCCGGACGUGAGGAGGACUUGUUCGCAUCAGAGGACAUCUGUCAACAUCUACGCAACAGCAACUCCCUCGCAUCUGGAUCGAGCCCGGAGUCCGGACUUGCCGCCUCCCCCGCCUCCUGGAAAGCUGCCACCGUUCUUGCAGCAUUCAUCCAGUUUGCCAAGGGAUACAAGGACAAUGCCACAUCCGUUGUGGGCGUAGCGGAUGUUAUUCAGCAGUUUGCCACGAAGUAACAAGAAAUCGAGGCGAAUUCACUGCAACCGGAGAAUAGCAGAAGGCCCGUCAUCCCUAUUUUACUAAGGGAACUGUGAUUGUGAUAUUUUCGUGAAUAAGUCUAAUUUAUUCCAGCGGACUGAAAGCGGUUUGUUCAACAGAUUGUUAAUUAUUUAUGGAGAAAUGGCUGACUAUUUAUAACGAAUCUCGUAUUUAUUAUCCCGGUAGCUUGAAAGUACUGGUAGGUAUAGUACGUUUCAAAAAUUUGUUCUGAUUUAACACCUGUCGUCAGUUAGGCUCUGAUUUUUCAUAAAAUUCAAUAUUCUCCUGAAUCACUACGUGCGAUGAAAAGCUGGGAUUUGACGAAUGUUUGAAAUGUACUACAUUUUGAAGAAUUAACAACCGUAAUGAUCUAUUUAACAAAUAAGUAUUUUUUAAGUCCAUCUAAAAAUUCUAUACAAUUCUUUGAAGAGAUUCCUACCAGUACUAACGGACUACUACCAAAUUUCAUAUUAGUCUUGAUAUAUCAAUGUUUUUGGAAAUAUUUUCGCUUGAUGAGCUUAUUACAAUAGGUGUAAAAAAUGUGAAUAAGUUUACCAUUUUAUAUGAUAGUAUAGAUAGGUGAAAUGUGUAAAAUACGGGUUUUGUUUACUUAAGUUUGUUGAGAGAUACUAUACAUCCUGAUAAUAUUCAAAAUGAAAUUCUCAUAGUGAUUGAUGUCCAUUUUUUUAUAACUAUUCACAUAAGUUGUAUUUGUUGAUGUAAUUAACUAAAUAUAAUUUACUUUCAACACUGGGCGAUAUUGAAUUUCAAUCAUUCUUUUAUCAACAAAAUAGGCUACGUCAGUAAUCAUUUUUUGUUCAAUGAAUACUUUCCAGAAGAUUUUUUCCCUAAUGAUUGUUUUUUCAGAAUCAAAGACUGGUUCAGGGUAACUGGAGUUAUUUUUCCUAUGUAUUUCUUUAAUCAAUUGAAGAGAACUGGCCGAUACUGAUGAAAAUCCACAUUGAAAAACUAAUUAAUACAAUUUAU